AAAUCUUUGAAGUGAGUUAAGGCUCUGUACACUGUUCCACCACUCUCUCUCUCUCUCUCUCUCUGUGUGAGAAAAAAAGGUGCAAGUUUUCUCUCUCUCUUGCCACCCUCUCACUCCACACUGUUUCUAAACACCGACUUAACAAUCCCCUGCCUCUUUCAUUAUUCACUGAUACACACAAACGAACACGCAACGAAAGUGUGUAAAAUGUCAUCCGCCAUUAAAAUCCAGCCCCGUUUUGUACAAAUCUAGUUAGACAAAUGCAUACCAGUAUUUGAGAAAAAACUCACCACUGUUACCUUUUCUGGCUGCCCACCAUUACCACACUCUGUUUCUCUCUGCUUUCUUCUUUCUCUCUCCCAUCCUAUCAGAGGCUCAAAGAAGACCCACAAAACCAGCUCACUCUUCCAGUCCUCCACAUACGCACAUACACGAAAGCCCUCAAGAAAACCCACAAACCCCUACGCUCACAUUUUCUGUGUGUGUGUGUGUGUGUACACAUGCGCUCCAGAUUGGUCAUGCUUCAAUGAAUUUGGAUUCUUCAUAUCCAUCUUCUUGGGGGGUGAAUGGGUUGCAUGGUCUCUCAGCUGGCGGCCAAGUUCGCCUUCUUUCCACCAUCGCCGCCCACGUAUCAGAUCAAGAAACGAGACGAUGGCAAGCUCACCGUGGUGUCGUCUUCCUCACCGUCGAUGCCGAUUCCUCUCGCUGACGACAAUUCCUUGGACGUGUUGCUGAUUGAUACUAAGCGUGGCAAUAAGAUUGUUGCUUUUUAUCUGAGGAAUCCAUGUGCUCGCCUCACCUUGCUUUACUCCCACGGCAAUGCUGCUGACCUUGGCCAGCUCUAUGACCUCUUUGUGCAGCUCAAAGUCAAUCUCAGAGUUAACCUCAUGGGAUAUGACUAUUCUGGCUAUGGAGCUUCUACGGGUAAGCCUAGUGAAUCCAAUACAUAUGCUGAUAUAGAAGCAGUAUAUCAAUGCCUUGAGACCGAGUACGGAGUUAGCCAGGAAGACCUAAUCUUGUAUGGGCAGUCAGUUGGAAGUGGCCCAACACUGCACUUGGCAGCUAAGUUGCCGAGGCUCAGAGGUGUAGUUCUGCACAGUGCAAUUCUUUCUGGUCUUCGUGUUGUCUGCCAUGUCAAGUUCACAUUUUGCUUUGACAUUUAUAAGAACAUCAACAAAAUUAAGAAGGUGAAGUGUCCGGUGCUGGUGAUACAUGGCACGGAAGAUGAUGUUGUCAAUUGGUUACAUGGCAAUGGGCUGUGGAAAAUGGCUAGGGAACCAUAUGAGCCUUUAUGGAUUAAAGGAGGUGGGCACUGCAACUUGGAGCUUUACCCUGAUUACAUCCGCCAUCUUUGCAGAUUUAUCCAAGAAAUGGAGAAUAUAACCACAGAAAUCCGCCUCAAAAAGAUCCGGCCGAGUCUGCGUAGGCCCUCAGUUUCUAACAGGUGCUGCAGAAUUAAAAUAUGUCGACCAAAAUGCCCUGAUUGUUCAAGACCUAGUUGUACUUGUAUCAAAUGUUCCUGGCGGCCCAAAUGCCUAGAAUGUGGUAAACCUUCCUGCCCAGAAUGUUGUAGACUAAGCUGUCCAGAAUGUUGGAGACCCAGCUGCAUAAAAUGUUGCUGGCGACCCAAAUGGCCGAAAUGUUUGAGACUGAGCUGCUGCCUGAAAUGUUUGAGACCGAGCUGCUGCCUGAAAUGUUCGAGACCGAGCUGCUGCCUGAAAUGUUCGAGACCUAGCUGCUGCCUGAAAUGUUUUAGCUGGCAAUGUUGUGUGGGAACAAGAAGUGGGUUAAACAGAAAGGAGGAUGGCUAAUGCAAUUAUGUGCUUUGUAUAGAUUGCUGAACUUGCUAACAGCCCUCUAAUCUUGUGUAGUAGUGUACCAAAAGGAGGAAGUAGUUGUUACUUGUUGGAUACUCAAAAGAAAUUUGUAAUUUAAUUAUUUUAUUGAUACUGGUGUAUUCAAAAACUUUAAUUUGAUAUGGGCUCUUUUAGAAAACA